UCAGAGGGGUUAAGCGACUUACUCGAGGACACCCAGCUGUGAGGACGGAGCAGACUUUCUUACUGGGAUCCCAGCUCCCCUCCCUCCUCCUUGCUCUUCCCACCCUAACCGGCAGAGGGGCCCAAGGAAGACACAGGCACUCUGCCCUGUCUCAGCAGGGCCAGGGGGCCAUGUCCCUCAUCCCGUGGCUCCGGUGGAACGAGGCCCUGCCCCGGCUGUCCUCCCGGAGCCCGGCUGAGAUGGUGCUGGAGACACUCAUGAUGGAGCUGGCAGGGCAGAUGCGCGAGGCCGAGAGGCAGCAGCGGGAACGCAGCAGUGCGGGCAGGAAGAUCUGCACCGGAGUGGACUACAGCUGGCUGGCCAGCCCGCCCCGGGCCACCUACGACCUCAGCCCUGGUGAGCGGCUGCAACUAGAGGAUGUCUGCGCCAAGAUCCCCCCGUCCUACUGUGGGCCCGCCAUCCUCAGGUUCCGGCAGCUGCUGGCGGAGCAGGAGCCUGAGGUGCGGGAGGUGUCUCGGCUCUUUCUCUCGGUGCUGCGGGAGGUGCUGGAGAGGACGAAGCAGGAGGAGGAGGCCCGCAGGCUGACCCGGCAGUGGAGCUUGCGGCCCCGCGGCCUGGCGCUGGCCACCUUCAAGACCCGCGCGCGCAUCGCUCCCUUCGCCAGCGACAUCCCCACCAUCUCGGAGGACGUGGAGCGCGAUGCACGGCCCCCGCCCCGGACCUGGAGCAUGCCCGAGUUCAGGGCGCCCCAGGAGGACUGACCCCCUGCUCCUGCCCAGGGGCAAAGCUACGUGUGGAGGGGGGGCAUGAAAGGCCUGUGACCAUCCCAGGUCCUGGAACCUCCUGCCAUGGGGCCACGGGCGGCCCCAUCCCAAGGCACCCCUGUCAGAUGGAGCAAGCCCCUUGCCCACCCAGCCCUCCCAGGGUCAGGGCUUGGAGCUGCCUCUGGGCCCCCUCAGUCCCCUGGGUCUCGGCAGACAGACCAGGGCCCCACCUUCUGCUUCUGGCCGGAAGAGGAAGAAUUGCCCUGACUUUUUGCCAACACCUGAGUCCUCACCCCGUCCUUUCACCCCAUCUCCCUGGGUAAUGAGGGGCCUGUUGGGUGGUGUCCAUUCUCUGCUGGUGACUGGAGGGUCCACACUGCAGGUGGGUCCCAGCCUCGUGGGCGAGCAGAGCGGGAAGCGGCCAGAGAGUUCACCGGGUCCACUCUCCUGACUUCCGAGUGAGGACACCAGGGCUCAGAGAAGGCCACGCUUCUCCCACCUUAAACGGAUCCCUGCGAGUGGUGAGGUUGUCCCUGUACAGUCUCUGUCCCUGAGUCCUUGAGUCCUGGGCUAUGAUGGGACAGGUCCGAGGACUAUGUCUGCACCUGCCUGUGGUCUGGCUUCUGUCUUACCUUGGCCUUGGUCUGGGGGGCUAAGCUGCUCCCCGAGAAAAGAGCUGGGGCAGAGGUUGGCUGCCGUCACCCCACCCCAGGGUGUCAUCUCCUGGGAGGUGGCCAGUCCCCAGCAGCUCCUCCUAGAGCAGUGGUUCUCAACCUUCCUAAUGCCGCGACCCUUUAAUACA